AUGUUUGAAUUGCAGAUUCCAUUAAUCAUUACGGCAUAAAUCCUUAAAAGGGUAGUUCAACCAAAACUGAACAUUCUGUCAUCAGUUACUCACCCUUCACUUGUCUCAACAGUCUGAGUUUUUUUUGCGGAACACAAGAUAUUUUAAGAAAUCAUGAAAACCUGUAAACAUUGUCUUCCACAGUGUUUGUUUUUCCUUCUGUGCAAGUCAAUGGUUACCCAAUGACAAACAUCUUUUAGAAAAUAUCCUUUUGUGUUAAACAGAAAAAUGAAUGUAAUUACUUGAGUGCGAGUGAAAUUUCAUUUUUGCUUUAAUGCUGGCUGACAAUUUCAAUGUCGAUUCAUAAUUGCAUUUACAUUCAGACUAGAAUGAUUUUAAUCCCAGUAAAGGGGCUCAAAAAACCUUUAUCUCAUUACUGCACUGAAGUGUCCAUGGGUUUAGACUUGCAUGCAUGCCUCGAAUGAACUUGUGGUAUUAUUCUGCAGAUGUGUUUUCGGAAGUCUCUUAAAGGGUUGAUCAAUUUUAUCAAGCCAAUAUCAUCUAUUGAAAAUGGGCUUUGCUUGUGUGCUGGUUUAUACAAGUGAAUUUAGAUUUCUCCCUGCUUGAUCAUCUGAUAAGUAAACAUACUAGUACACAAACUAAAUUAAACAUUAUUUUUUUCAAGUGUCUUCUCAUUUAAAGUAGCUGCUAGUAAUCUAAAUUAAAAGUUCAGAUCUUUAAAAGUAGAGGCAAGCAAUUUAAACAAUUUUAAUUGAACUUUUAACUUGGUUUAGAUUGUUUUUCAUAUAUCUAAAAUCAGGCUUCAUGUCAUCAACACUUUUAGUCAAAUGCCAAAUAAUUGUCCACAUACUAAAAAGGCCCAUCUUGGUAGCCAUGCCAUCAAGAUAGUCAUUGAGUGUUCCAAUUUAAAGGAGAGGGGUCUAGAUGCAGAUCUGGUGCAGUGCAAUCUGAGCUGCAUGCAAUGCUUUUUAAAGCGCUCAAUUAACCCUACCCGUCACAGUGACGUCACUCACUCCAUUGAGUUCAUUGUGUCUGACAUAGCAUCGCUGAGUGAUGCAAUCUCAGCUUGCAUCAUAAAGGCUGCAUCCAGAUACUAUUGAUUUAAAGGAUUUACAUAAAUAAUUGGCUGAUCUAUUAAUGUAUGACAAAAAAAGUGCUUAUUGUAUUACCAAGGUUCUAAAAUGUUUUUUGCAGAACUAACAUAUUGUUAACAUGAUAAUAUAUUGUAACCGUAGGCUAACCUGUUUCGGGUAUUUAACAUGUUUCUGGUUGUUUUAAUGUGACGAAAAUGUAAAAAAUGUGUCUCUUACUACUAUGUUGCUGCUAUUUAUGUUUAGUACACAGUAUGUUUUAGCAUGGAAAAUAAAUUACCAUUAGAUGUCAUGUUUCUAGAAAGUUGCUAGCAUUUUUCAUGUCAUGUAAUACAACUAACGUAACAUUUUACGUCUGUUUCCACGUUUAGCAUGUUACUAGCAUGAUAUAUUACAUUUCUAGCAUGAGUUCUAGAUCUAAAAUGCCUUCACUUGAUAGCUGAAUUAUGUUUUGCCACAAUUCUAGCACAUGGCUAACAUGUUGCUAGCAUUAAUUCUCCAGUUUUCAUUUAUACCACCUGUUAUUGUGGUUUAAAUGUUGCUAAUAUUUUAUUUUCUGGCAUGGAAAUAGAAUGUUAGUAACAUAUUUUCAAAACUCAGCACAUUACCAGCCGGUUUCUAGCAUGACUUUGCACGUGUUUCUGUGAUAUAAUUAUGUAAAGUUUUUUAAAUGAAUGUUCAAUGUGCUUUCGGAAAUAUAAUCGGAUGAUAUUUACAGACAUGAAUUAUAUGUCCAAAUGUACUACACAUGACUUUGCACGUUGUAAGCAUACUUUACUAAAAUAAGAUACAAAAUCAAUAAUUAUUCGGAUACUAGGAACCAAUCUUGCAGUUUGUGUUCACGGGCCACGGCGGAUCAGUUAUGCUGUUGCACUAUUGAGAGCAGCAUGGAGAGCUCGAGAAGUGUCCGAAGAACGAAAGAGGAGAAAAAACUACUCCGAAGGCAGAUUAAAGCCAGUCACACAUUACUGAAGCACGAGGACAUAACCACAGUAUCACACCCCACAAAGCAUCUGGUGGUUUCUAAUGGCGGUUUGGGGAAUGGAGUGAGCCGAGAGUCUCUACUGGAGGUCCUUAAAGAAGGAGGAACUGUUGAGUCUCUCCUCACCCCUCCAUCAAAACCUUAUGCGUUUGUGUCUUAUUCAUCUAUCGAAGCUGGCCAGAAUGCAUACACACUUCUCAAUGGACGAACACUACAGUGUCAGGAUCAGACCAUGACACUUUAUUUCAGCUAUGUUGUGAAAGUGGACUGUGACAGGAGUGUGUCCUGUGCUUUGCCUCCUGGUCUGUCUGUAUUGGAGGAUUUUGUGUCUUUGGAGGAGGAGCUGCAGAUUCUGAAGGCUGUUGAUUGGACACCACACGCUGAUGAUGUCACUGCGCAGAAAGCUUUGAAACACAGAAGAGUGAAGCAUUAUGGAUAUGAGUUUCGCUAUGAUAAUAAUAAUGUGGACAAAGACAAGCCAUUGCCAGGUGGCUUGCCUGUGGAAUGUGAUGCUUUACUACAAAGAUGUUUGGCUGGCGGCCAUAUAAGUGUCCUUCCAGACCAGCUCACUGUAAACCAAUACCAAAGCGGACAAGGGAUUCCCCCUCAUGUGGACACUCACUCUCCGUUUGAGGACACCAUCCUUUCCUUGAGUCUUGGUGCAAAGACAGUGAUGGACUUUAAGCAUCCUGAUGGACGUUCUGUCGCCGUGGUGCUGCCAGAGAGAAGUCUGCUUGUGAUGAAAGGAGAGAGCCGCUAUCUGUGGACUCAUGGCAUAACACCUCGGAAGUUUGAUGUGGUACCUGUGUCAGAGACUGGAGGGUCAGGGGUCAUGACCUCUGACUUGAGUAAUCUGACCCUGAGCCGGCGUGAUACCAGGACAUCGCUGACCUUCCGCAAAAUACGGCAUACUCCCUGCAACUGUGCGUAUCCGUCUGUAUGUGACAGCCAGCGGCCACCAUCUCCCCCUGUUGUGCCUGUAGCUGAAGGAGAUGCGUGUCGUUUGGAGUCACAGUACGUUCAUCAGGUUUAUGAAGAGAUUUCCUCCCACUUCAGCAGCACACGACACUCGCCGUGGCCCAAGGUGCGAGACUUCCUGUUGUCUCUUCCACCUGGUAGUUUUCUGGCAGAUGUCGGAUGCGGCAAUGGCAAAUACCUGGGGAUCAAUCCUGCAGUGAGGGCGGUGGGCUGUGACCGCAGUGUUAAUCUGGUUCAGAUCUGCAUUGAGCGAGGGUACGAUGCUUUUGUGUCCGAUGCACUGUCCGUCCCCCUGCGCAGAGGCAGCUGUGAUGCCUGCAUCUCCAUUGCCGUCAUUCAUCAUUUCGCCACCCAGGAGAGAAGACGAGCUGCUGUCAGAGAGCUGAUCCGGUUAAUAAAGGUAGGAGGAAGAGCUCUAAUCUAUGUUUGGGCCAUGGAGCAAGAAUACAACAACCAAAAAUCUAAAUAUCUGAAAGAAGAAGCAUCUGGAAGCAGCAGGGAGGGUGGCGAAGAGCUAAAAACUGAAGAAAAUAAGGCAAUUCAAAAGGAGGAGCAUGAUAGAAAUAUGAUAUCAGACAUUCGGUGCACAGAUGAUGGUUUAAGUAAUGUGACGCAACCAAAAAUACAUGUCCACACUAAUCGAACAGCUUUCCUGUCCCAGGACCUUCUGGUGCCGUGGCAUUUAAAAGGCAAUAUGGAGAAUAAGAAGGGAGCAGCAAGUGGCUGCGCAGACAUCCCUGUGGAAAACGCUAAGCAGAAGCCUGUAUUUCACCGCUAUUAUCAUGUCUUCCAGCAGGGAGAGCUGGAGGAGCUGUGUUUGGGGGUAAAAGGAGUAAAAGUGCUCAGGAGUUACCAUGAUCAGGGUAACUGGUGUGUGGAACUGGAAAAGACACAUGGUAACUUUUCAAUUAUUGCAGCGGGAAAAUGAAAAAUUCUAUUUUCUUUAAUAAAUGACAGCGUAUAAUAUAUAUUUUAAUAUUCAUUUGAAAUGUUUUAUUGAACGCAAUGACGGUUAAUAAAUGACAACAGCAGAAUAAC